UCCUCUAUGGUAAUGGCGACAUGUGCUCUUUGAGAAAUUGCCUGAUUUCUCAUGCCAUGUUAGCCAGAGGGUAUCUUUGAUAUACAAUACAAGACUACCUCCAUUACGUGUCUGCAGCUGUGUAGUAGGUUUUUGCAGUACCCUAAUUUUCGGACGACAUUGUUAAGAGGUCGCACAACGGACGUAAACAUCGGCUAUAUCGGACAACGUGGCCUGGGUCACGAAAAGAGCCAGUUUGACCCGAGGAUCAGUUGAUAACAAUUUCACUGUUUUGAAGGUAUUGUAUUCAGUAUGCCAGUCAUAAAUCCGUAUAUAUAGGAGACCUUUCGCGGGUUGCCAAGAUAACUGACGCAAGUCUGCACCAAUUUUCGAGUUCAAAUGGACCAGACUUAUUGCAUAUGGUCAUGAUCUAAAUCGAGGCUGAAGCCUGGCGUGACAAUUUAUUUGAGGUGUUGUUUACAAAUAAAUUUGCAUCAUUUUUCGAUAAUUUGUUGUUCUGACACUGAUGUAAGACUAAUUGUGGGAACUGUUAUUGUUGAAAUUUCUUUGUGUACGUGUUUGAACGUCACGACGUGUGUAUUGAGGUCGUGAGUAAUAAACAGCUGUUCGACAAUGGCUGCGGCCGUUGGUACCACGACGAGGAGUGAACACUUUCAGUCGGAUUCUGCAGAAAUGCAAAAUUCGGACAGUACAAGAAAGAGUUCUGAAGAAAGCCCAGAAAAACAUGAUUCCCAAACUCAACCACCCACAUCAGAUAGCAACAAUUCAGAUCCCGGGGCACCCGAUUCAAAUGAGGGGAAAAAAGACUCUGAUGAUAAAUCUCAGUCAAAGGUCAAAAAAUUUGACAAGAAAAACUUUGUUGAAGCACCAAUUCCCAAAACUAAUCCAUGGAACAAGGGGAAGGGUCCAGCAGCAGCACCGAAACCAGUCUCUGUUGCUCCAGUAACUAAGGCACCUCCUGUUCCUGUGCCAGUGUCGCCUGUACAAGCCCCUGCCAUUAAGAAAGAAAGUUUGUCUGUGGAGUCCAGGCCACUUAAUGUGACAACAGAAUCUACUGAGGCAAAUAAGCCACGAGUAACCACACAGAAGUCAUUGCCACUAAGUGAUGAGAACUGGCCUGCUCUCAAUGAAGCUACAGAGUCACCUGGCACAAAGAAACCUGUACCAAUGAAGUCACUGCCGGGAUUACCACAGGGCCAACAAACCCCACCUACUCAGCAGGCGCCCCCUGCUCAGGUGGAUUCAGGAGGAGACGACUCUGCCAAAGAGAACAAAGAGAAUGCAGAGGGACAAAAAACACCAAAGAACAGGAAAGGAAAGAAAGAAUCGAAACAGAAAUGGGUACCUUUGGAUAUAGAGCCUCCAAAGUCUGGCCGUCGAAGCAGAAGUCAGGGGAGACUACCCCCACGUCGAGAGUCUGCCAAAGCUCAGGAGAGGAUGCUCAAGGGAGGUGAUAAGAGGGAAGAAAAUCGUGGAGAAAACAGAGCUGAUCAUUCCAAAAACUGGCGGGAUGACAUGAGACCCCUGAGUCCACGUGACACCCGAGGGGGCUACGGAAACUUCAACAGAAGGGGUGGACGAGGUGGACGGGGCAGAGGAAGGGGCCGUGGAGGGGGAAGGAGUAGAGGAGUGGAUUCUAACGUAGAAAACUUCACAGGCCAGGAUUUUAAAUACUUCUAUGACGAGCAGUACUAUCAAGAUCAGCCCCAGCCGAGUGUUGUUACCCCUACUGGAGGUUUUGGCACUGUGUACUUCAACACACCCUUUGUUGAUGACAGCACUCUCAAGGAUUUCAUUAAAAAGCAGAUUGAGUACUACUUCAGUGAAGAAAACUUACAGAAAGAUUUCUUCCUGCGACGAAGAAUGUCCAAAGAAGGCUGGCUCCCAAUUAGCCUCAUUGCCGGUUUCCAUCGCGUCCAGAAUCUGACCCGAGAUAUUCAGGUCAUAAUUGAUUCUGUUUCUGGCAGUACAGCAGUGGAGAUAUCAGAGGAUUUUACAAAGAUGCGUAGUGGUGUGGACCCAGAAAAAUGGCCGCUAGAAGGCCAACCACUGGAUCUUACUGUGUCCUCAACACUACAUGCAGAUGUGCCAGAAUUUGUUCCCGGCCAGGCCUACACUGGACCCAGUAUUUUAAGUGGUACCACUAAAUAUGAUGAGGGUGGGGACCACAAUAAGACCUAUGACAGUAGUAACAUCCAGUCGGAGCAGGAUGAUGAAUUCAGCUUCAUGGCUCUAGGACUCAGUACCGGACUUCUGUCCUCAAGUGCCCCCCAACUCCAGGGUGACUGGCGGGAGGUCAAGCGCAAAAUCAGAAUACCUAAAAAGUCGGAAGAAAAGAAGGCCGAGGUUGAUGUCUCUGUGGACAAAGAGGAGAAAGAGGAACUUGACUUCAUGUUUGAUGAAGAAAUGGAGGAACUCAACAUUGGACCUAGGCGCAACAACUUUACAGACUGGUCGGAUGACGAGUCUGAUUACGAGAUCUCUGACAGUGAAGUCAACAAGAUUCUGAUAGUGACUCAGACCCCACCGUCCCUACGGCGUCAUCCACAGGGGGACCGGACAGGUGACUACACACCUCGCUCUAAGAUCACUUGUGAGAUGACCAAAGUGAUCAACGAUGGCCUCUACUAUUACGAGAAGGACCUUAUUGAUAUGGAGGAUGACUUCAAAAGCUUCAAGACUGUGACCAUGAUAAGUAAAGAGGAGUUUGACAGUAUGACACCAUCACAUGUGACGACGUCCAAACAAACCCCUCCGCCACCUCCUCCCCCAGUCUCUCUUCAGUCAGAAUCUAAAAAGGUACAACUACCACCAGCUGCUCAACCUAGUCACCCUGACAUCGCCCGCUCACUGCCAGCGUAUGUCCCUAACACACCCGGCACAGGUAGUCGUACACCUCGCAGUCGGAAAGAGGACACCGCCCCACGUUUCUACCCUGUCAUGAAGGACUCUACACGACCUCCAGAUCCACAGACACCACGCAAGUGGAAGACAAAACAUUCGAGUAAUCCACCUGUGGAGAGUCACGUUGGAUGGGUAAUGGAUGCCACCGAGCAUAGACCGUCACGAUCACACAACAACUCAAUGUCUCAGAGUCCAACAGACAGUGCACUGUCUACGAGUUAUGGCAGCUACAGUUCAACUACUCAUGCAUUCCCCAACUUCCAGCAUCCAUCACACGAACUGCUGAAAGAGAACAACUUUGUCUGGCAUGUUUACCAUAAAUACCAUGCCAAGUGUCUCAAGGAACGCAAGAAAGUUGGUAUUGGCCUUUCACAAGAGAUGAAUACCUUGUUUCGGUUUUGGUCUUUCUUUUUGAGACAACAUUUCAACAAGAAAAUGUACCAGGAAUUCAAAGCUCUGGCUGUCGAGGAUGCCAAGUCAGACUACAGAUAUGGCUUGGAGUGUUUGUUCCGGUUCUUCAGUUAUGGCCUUGAGAAACGUUUUAAACCCGACCUUUUCCAGGACUUCCAGGAGGAAACCAUCAGAGACUAUGAAAGUGGUCAGCUGUAUGGACUUGAGAAGUUCUGGGCCUACCUGAAAUACACCCGUAAACAUAUUGACGUGGACCCCAAGCUACGUGGCUGGUUGUCCAAAUAUAAACGUCUGGAGGACUUCAAAAUAGAUAACGUGGAGGAGCAGAGAGGAGCUCGAGGACGACAGAGACAUAUGUCAGGCCCCCGUGAAAGGCAUUUAUCUGGCUCUAAAGGGUCCAAAGGCCAGUCUCAUGGUGUCAAGCAUGGCCUCGCACGACAGACAUCUCGGGAAUCCAGCCAUUCACAUAGUACAAAAACAGACUCAAAUAGCCAAUCACAGACAUCAAAGCAUAGUUCGUCAGAUAACAGCCAAUCACAACAAGUGACACAAAAAGUUGAUAGUGUUGUGAAAGAUGCUGUGUCUAGUGGAAAAGCAUGAAACCUACAAAACUGGACUAAAGUGACUUUCAACAUGAUUUUUUAUUGAGUAACAAUACCAAAUAAUUCUUGGUAUUAAAAAUUUGGAUCCAGAAAAAAGAAUGAUUGAAAACUUGCAUUUUCUGGGUACUUUAAACAAGAAAAAGAUAACUGCCUUGAUGGAUAUCUGACAAUGUGAUGAUGGAUUAUCUAAUAUUGGAGUUUCCCGAUUUUUGUCCCAAGGACACUCUUUGGAUUUUAUAGGCUGUGAGGCCACACCAAUUGGCUUCCUUUGCUGUCUAAGUGUGACAAAUGAGUCCACCCAUUAACAGGUUGGCACUAGUUGAUGGCAGCAAUGCAGAUAUGGCUGAAUUAAAAUGGGGAAAAAAAAGAGCUGUUUUGUUUCUGCUAUAUAGUCGAGCCAUGCUCAACAUUUCACUGUACUAGAGACUGCAUGCAUCAUCCCGCUGAUCCGUUUCGAACCUCGCCCAGAUUUUGUGUAAAUUCAAACCUCUAUGAGGCGGCACAUGACCUGAGAAAUGACAGCUAAUGCAGGGACUUUUCUCCGGUGGUAUAGGCAUUUUAUUCGGUGUUUCCAGUCACGGACAUACUAUGAGUGUUUCCGAUCACAUGCGGAGGCACAGUAUCAAACCCAACUGACAAACAAUCUGUGAUUUAUCUCAUUAAUUAAUUGGGUAUUUGGCACAUACAUGUAUCAUUAAGAUUUGUAUAAAGUCUUCUAUAAAUAAAUAUAUAUAUAUAUAUCCACAUUAAUCAUACCAAGUAGUUAAUUUGUAGUUAGCAUGUGUAAAAAAUCAUUCUGGUUUUAUCUGCCUUUAGGUAGAACUCUGUAAUCUAGAUCUUUUAGCACUUUAUACAAUUUCUUACUACUGUUAAAUGGAAAAACAGAAAAAAAAAUUACAUUGAUUUUUCAAGCAACUUUCAACCAAAUACCAGGUACAUAACUUAUGUAGGUUUAAAUUAGGAAUUAAUUUUUCUCUUUUUUUAAAAAAAAUUAAUUAUGAAGAGAUGAAUUGUUGUAUUUUGUUGAUUGAAAAAAAUAUGUGUAUAUGCAAUAUUUGUUUUCAGACUAGAUAAAGCUUGAUGGGUUCUGGAUCUUAACAUUAUAAUUAAAUCUGUUGUUUAGACAUAUUUUACUGUUUUUACAGAUUGUGAAGUUUCUAUUUUUUCAGAUGGAAUUAUUUUAAGUCUUCAUUGUUAAGAAUUUGCUGAUAUUUUACAACUUUUUGUAUACACUAGUACUGAUUCUGGUGUUUGAUUUUCUAGGGCAUUCAAGUGCUAAACAUAACAACAAUUAAUCCAGGUUUUAUGUUUCUACAAUCAAGUGUUCCAGCUUAAAAGUAAGGAUAUCUG